GCUCGCUCCACACCCAUAAAAACCCUGGUUGGACGUCAAAGCGGAUUCGUUUCGGUGAUGCUGGGAUAAAGGGGCGCAGCGAGGACUGGCUCCCUCCCUGCCAGCCCAGCCGAGCCCAGCGCCGCGCCGGGCUCCGUCCCUCCGCCGUGCCCGGAGCCGCCGGGAGGGAUGCGGGGGACGGGGACGGCUCCUCUCCGCCGCACGAUAAAGAAGCUCGCGGACCGUUUGCAGGGAUGUCGGUGAAGCACGCGGGCUGCCUCCCCGCCUCUGCCCAGCCCAGGACCAGAGGCUGACUGGAAGCUGGCAUGUGCCCCCUCCAGCCCCUGCUCGGCCGCGCGAUGCCCAGCCCUGCCCGCCCUGCCUGCCCUGCCUGCCCUGCCCCUAGCCUUGCUUUCCACCGGUGAUACACCCUGCUUUCCCCGGGCUGUGUUUCGGAGAGAGGCAGCAGCGAGUAUGCUGCAGAAAGCCAGCCUGCAGCCGAAGCCCAGAGGAGUUUUGCAGUGAGGCCAGCUGCUUAAAAGCCAAAGCGUUGCCCCUUCCCCGCCCCGGCGUGGAUAAGCAUCUUGGGCAGCGACUUUCUCUGCGCUCUGCGAGUGUCGAGGUCCUGGUCUGCAGGCUUGAAGAGGGGCGCUGCCAUGGAAGAGAAUGUGUUCAGCGUGCAGCAGAUACAGCCCAACGUCAUCUCGGUGAGGCUCUUCAAGCGUAAGGUGGGCGGCCUCGGCUUCCUGGUGAAGGAGCGCGUCAGCAAGCCGCCAGUCAUCAUCUCAGACCUGAUCCGGGGAGGGGCUGCGGAGCAGAGCGGCCUCAUCCAGGCUGGGGACAUCAUUUUAGCUGUCAAUGGCAGGCCCCUGGUGGACAUGAGCUAUGAGACCGCGCUGGAGAUACUGAGAAGCAUUGCCUCCGAGACCUACGUGGUCCUCAUCCUGCGGGGCCCCGAGGGCUUCACCACUCACCUGGAGACCACUUUUGCAGGCGACGGGACGCCGAAAACCAUCCGUGUCACCAGACCCCUCUGCCCAACUCCAAAGGCGGUUGACUUGUCCAACCCAAGCCUGCACGGCAAAGAGCAGCCGCUGCCAGCAGCUGACCGCACCAUGGGCUCCCUGUGGACAAGAGAUAUCGGGCGGGAGGUGGAGCCGAUGGUCCACGUUAACGGCGUCGUUACCGGCAGCAAAGGGCAGGAUGCUGGGAAGGCGAAGGAGGGUGCUUGUGGUCACCCUUGCCUCAACGGUGGUGUGGAAGACAAUGAACUGCUCAAAGAAAUCGAGCCUGUCCUGGAUCUCCUGAAGAGCAGCAGUAAGGACAGCGAUGGAGAUGCACCCUCCAAGGUAGAGACAAGAGAUAUAGAAGUCCAGGUGGACUGUUUCAGGGAAGGGGAAAACAAGCCGCAGAAAGCCUUACCGGCUCAGAUGGAGAACGACCGUGUCUUCGGUGACCUGUGGGGGAAGAGCAACGUGCCCGUGGUCCUGAACAACCCCUACUCCGAAGCUGAGCAGCCACCGCCAUCCGGGCGGCAGUCCCCAACUAAGAACACAGUGAAUGGAAGUCCUUCCAAAUGCCCGCGGUUUGUCAAAAUCAAGAACUGGGAGACAGGCUCAGUGCUUCACGACACUUUGCACCUCAAGACGGCGAUGGCGACUGCGUGCACCGAGCAGAUCUGCAUGGGCUCAGUAAUGACCCCUAGCCAGCACGUCCGCAAGUCAGAAGAUACCAGGACAAAAGAGGAGGUGCUCCUCUUGGCUAAGGACUUCAUCGACCAGUACUACUCCUCCAUAAAGAGAUCUGGCUCCAAGGCCCACAUGGAAAGGCUGGAGGAAGUGACCAAGGAGAUUGAAGCCACUGAUACCUACCAGCUGCGGGACACAGAGCUGAUCUAUGGAGCCAAGCAUGCCUGGAGAAAUGCAGCCCGCUGCGUGGGCAGGAUUCAGUGGUCCAAGCUGCAGGUGUUUGAUGCCCGGGACUGCACCACAGCCCAUGGGAUGUUCAAUUAUAUCUGCAACCACAUCAAAUAUGCCACCAACAAAGGGAACCUCAGAUCUGCUAUUACCAUCUUCCCGCAGCGGACAGACAGCAAGCACGACUUUCGCAUCUGGAACGCCCAGCUCAUCCGCUACGCUGGGUACAAGCAGCCCGACGGCACGAUCCUGGGAGACCCCGCAAACGUGGAGCUGACGGAGAUCUGCAUUCAGCAAGGGUGGAAGGCACCGCACGGGCGCUUCGAUAUCCUGCCUCUGCUCCUCCAAGCCAACGGCAACGAUCCGGAGCUCUUUGAAAUCCCCCCAGAGCUUGUGCUGGAAGUGCCCAUCCGGCAUCCCAAGUUCGAAUGGUUUAAGGACCUGGGCCUGAAGUGGUAUGGUUUGCCAGCUGUUUCCAACAUGCUCCUUGAGAUUGGUGGCUUGGAGUUUUCGGCCUGUCCCUUCAGCGGCUGGUACAUGGGCACAGAGAUUGGGGUCCGCGACUAUUGUGACAACUCUCGCUACAACAUACUGGAGCAAGUGGCCAAGAAAAUGAAUCUGGAUAUGAGGAAAACCUCCUCGCUGUGGAAGGACCAGGCCCUGGUGGAGAUCAACAUUGCUGUGCUGUACAGCUUCCAGAGCGACAAGGUGACCAUUGUGGAUCACCACUCAGCCACUGAAUCCUUUAUCAAGCACAUGGAGAAUGAGUACCGAUGCCGUGGAGGCUGUCCUGCUGACUGGGUGUGGAUUGUCCCACCAAUGUCCGGCAGCAUUACCCCAGUUUUCCAUCAGGAAAUGCUCAACUACCGUCUCACACCUUCCUUCGAGUACCAGCCGGACCCCUGGAACACCCACAUCUGGAAAGGGGUCAAUGGGACACCUACCAAGAAGAGGGCCAUUGGCUUUAAGAAGUUAGCAAAGGCCGUGAAGUUCUCAGCCAAGCUGAUGGGACAGGCCAUGGCCAAGAGGGUCAAAGCAACCAUCCUGUAUGCCACUGAAACAGGGAAGUCGCAGGUCUAUGCAAAAACUCUGUGUGAAAUCUUCAAGCACGCUUUUGAUGCCAAGGUGAUGUCCAUGGACGAGUAUGAUAUCGUGCACCUAGAGCAUGAAACCAUGGUCCUGGUGGUCACAAGCACAUUUGGCAAUGGAGACCCACCUGAGAAUGGAGAGAAAUUUGGCUGUGCGUUAAUGGAGAUGAAGAAUCCCAACUCCAACCUGGAGGAGAGGAAGAGCUACAAGGUCCGUUUCAACAGCGUCUCCUCGUACUCGGAUGCACGGAAAUCCUCAAGUGACGGCCCGGACUCCAGGGACAACUUUGAAAGCACGGGGCCCCUGGCUAAUGUCAGGUUCUCCGUGUUUGGGCUGGGGUCGCGUGCCUACCCCCAUUUCUGCGCCUUUGCCCGUGCGGUGGACACCCUCCUGGAGGAGCUGGGCGGAGAGAGAAUCCUCCGCAUGGGAGAAGGGGAUGAGCUCUGUGGCCAGGAGGAGUCCUUCAGGACCUGGGCCAAGAAGGUCUUCAAGGCAGCGUGCGACGUGUUCUGCGUGGGGGACGACGUCAACAUCGAGAAAGCAAACAACUCCCUCAUCAGCAAUGACCGGAGCUGGAAGAGGAGCAAGUUUCGCCUGACCUACGUGGCUGAAGCCCCAGAACUCACCCAAGGACUGUACAGCAUCCACAAAAAACGCGUCUAUGCAGCCCGGCUUAUCGCACGCCAGAACCUGCAGAGCCCGAAGUCCAGUCGCUUGACAAUUUUCCUGCGCCUCCACACCAACGGACACCAGGAACUGCAGUACCUGCCCGGGGACCACCUGGGUGUGUUUCCAGGGAACCACGAAGACUUGGUCAAUGCCCUAAUCGACAGGCUUGAAGAUGCCCCUCCAGCCAAUCAGCUGGUGAAAGUGGAGCUCCUGGAGGAGAGGAACACAGCUCUAGGUGUCAUCAGUAACUGGACAGACGAGAACCGUGUCCCACCAUGCACCAUCUUCCAGGCUUUUAAGUACUAUUUGGACAUCACCACCCCUCCCACACCCCUGCUGCUGCAGCAGUUUGCCUUGCUGGCCACCAGUGACAAGGAGAAGAAACGUCUGCAGGUCCUUAGCAAGGGCUUGCAGGAGUACGAGGAAUGGAAGUGGUCCAAGAACCCCACCAUCGUGGAGGUGCUGGAGGAGUUCCCCUCAGUGCAGAUGCCCUCCACACUGCUGCUCACACAGCUCCCUCUCCUCCAACCGCGUUACUACUCCAUCAGUUCUUCCCCAGAGAUGUACCCAGGCGAGGUCCACCUCACCGUGGCAGUGGUCUCCUAUCGUACAAGAGAUGGAGAAGGACCAAUCCACCACGGAGUCUGCUCCUCUUGGCUGAAUCGGAUACAGACCGAUGAAGUAGUGCCCUGUUUUGUAAGAGGCGCGCCCGGGUUCCACCUGCCCCAGGAUCCCCAGGUGCCCUGUAUCCUCAUCGGCCCUGGCACCGGCAUCGCCCCUUUCCGGAGCUUCUGGCAGCAGCGGCUUUUUGAAAUCCAGCACAAAGGUCUGAAGCCUUGUCCUAUGGUCCUGGUAUUUGGCUGCCGACAGUCCAGGAUCGACCACAUUUACAAGGAGGAGACGCUCUUUGCCAAAACCCAAGGUGUCUUCAGAGAGCUGUACACAGCCUACUCCCGGGAACCGGACAAACCAAAGAAAUACGUGCAGGACGUGUUACAGGAGCAGCUGGCCCAAACCGUGUUCAAAGCACUGAAGGAGCAGGGAGGCCACAUCUACGUCUGCGGGGAUGUCACCAUGGCCGGGGACGUCCUCAAGACCAUUCAGCGCAUCGUGAAGCAGCAGGGCCAGCUGUCGGUGGAGGAGGCAGGCGCUUUCAUCAGCAAGCUGCGGGAUGACAGCCGGUACCACGAGGAUAUUUUUGGAGUCACCCUGCGUACGUACGAAGUGACUAACCGCCUUAGAUCUGAGUCUAUUGCAUUCAUUGAGGAGAGCAAAAAAGAUACGGAUGAGGUUUUCUGCUCCUAACUGGACCCUUCGCCCCAAGGGGAUGCCAAACCAGUCCCAGCACCUGCUGCCCCCUCCAGCCGGAGGGCGCUGGGUUUUGUAUUUCACGGACACGGUGGCUCCUUUUCCGCGGGGAACUGCCCAUGGAAAGCGCUCUGUCUCUUGUCCUGUUGUUGUGUCCUGAUGAUGAUGAUGAUGAUGAUGAUUUUUAUUUCCUUUUCUUCCUCUUUCUCUUGCUCUUGUCCUGUGGCCGUUUCUUUUCACCCCCUUUCCCUGGAUUUCCCCACUGAAGUACGAUGGCUUUGUACCCUGCAGUGGCUCCUAACAGAACUUCACAUUUCUCCUCCUUCUCAUGAGGGCAUUUUGCAGCUGCAUGAAAUCACCACCUUUGUGAUCAUCCGCGUUUUUGGUGUUUUGGGGGAGAGCAGAGGUGGCAGGGGCUGGGCAAUGGCUAGGUCUUGUUGCUCGACCAGAGCUGGGGGUUAUUUCCCCCAGGCUCUCCCUUUCCCCAGCUCGGGGCUUGGCUGAAUCCUUGCAUUUUCUUGGCUUUCCUUCAGACUUGUACAGACCUGGGCACGUGCCCAAGGCUGGGGGAGAUGAUGUGCAAUGUCCUCGUACCUAUGAACUUUGUUCAUCCCCGAGCAGCCUGGGUACCAAUGUGUCUGUUUUGAUCCAAAGGGUAGGAUGCCUCUCGUUCAUGUGUCGUGAUUUCUCCUAAACGGACUCUGCGCUAUGUUUGCCUCCUUCUCUGCUCCCUGUUCCCCGUGAGCCUCUCCUUUUGCUCAGUCCCCACUUUUGCUGGCAUGAAAGUCCUCCCACAGGGGAGCAAGCACUGAACACACCGGCUGAUGUGUACGUGAGGGGAAGACCCAUGGCAAUGACCGCUGCUUGGCCAGGCUGUCCUCCGGAAGGCUUUACAGGAGAUAUCUGAUCUGCAGCCAUGAUGCUGGUGGGGGAGAUUCAGGGAGCGGCUGCAUCCCAAAGCUUUGCAUGCUGUGAACACGUGAACCCUCUCCCAGGUGAGACUGGAAAGCCACGAGGAUGGGAGUGAAGCAGCUCCAACCCCGGCUGCCAGAGGCAUCUUGCCUACAAGAGGUAACAAAGGCAGCACUUGGAGCUUUAUGGAUGCUCCUGGUCCUUGGUGAGGAUGUGCCAAGCAAGGACUCUUGAAAGCCCAGAGAGCACCAGCUCCAUCUUAGCGCAGUCUCGCAAGCAGUUCUAGGACAGCAGACCCCGUUUCCACAAUUUUGGGAGCAGAAAGUGCCAGCACGGAGCGACCUGCCUGCCAAAAGAAAUGCGUGUGGCAUCUCGGUGGCGAGCUGGUCCCCUCCGUAGGCUCUGUACCACCUGCCAGCCGCACGAGCUGUCUCUGCUGGGACAUCUCAUACGAGAAGCGAGGUGAGAUCGGCUGCAAAGGUGCCGCGUGAUUCUGGGCUCUGACACGCUCACACCUCAGCCCUGCUGCAAAAAUCUGGCCCCAAAAGCAAUCUGUUAACACGAUCACAGAAAGGUAUCAGUCCCUUUAACAGAGAAAAGCUGUCUGCGAGGUAAAGCAUGCGUGACCUUGUGUGUCCUUCCUCCCUCUCCUCCCUUCCUCGCCCUGAAGAAGGUUUGUCCUCCCUCACUGGCAGGAUGAGGACAGCAGGGCACGGCUGCGGCUCUUGCUGGAGGCAGGCGUCCGGGGUUGACAUUUUGACCUGGUGGAUGCUGAGCCUUUCCUCCUGCCCCGGCUCUGCUGAACCGUGCGCUGAUGGAGAAAAGCACCCGCACCGGUGACAGCAGAGGGUUUGUCCGGGAGCUGCAACGGUGAGCUUGCUUUCAGAGGGCUGACAUUAGCUGCCCUAAGCCAAAGUCGGAACAAAAAGAGCUGCAGGAGGUUUGCUGCUCUCCCAGUCCAUGGUACAAUCCGGGCUGGCUCCCCUGGCUGGGCAGGUAUCCCCACCCUCAGCCAGGACAGGACCUCCUGCCCUUGCCUGCCGCUUGGCUGGCCACGUCUCCGUGUGCCGUAACCAUCUUCUACAACUUCAAUUCCCUGAAUGCUUGAAACGGCUCCAGCCCAAAAUCCAGGAGCAAAAGGCCUCCAGGCACUGGGAGAAUUUGAGAUCCCAGGUCUCGGAGGUGCUGGUCCCAGCAGAGCAUCCAGCAUGGCGCACAAGGCGAAUGAAUGCUGCCACGGUGUGGCCAGAGCCGAGCUCGCUGGGCUGGCAGGGCGGCCGGAGCGGGGUUUGGAGCCAGGCUCUAGGCCAGCUUUAUGUCACUGCCUGGGGACUUUGUGACCGGGAGGUGAAAGCAGGACACGACAGGAAAAAGGGCAGCCCGUGGUCCACCUCUGUGGGUUGUGCCCCAACGCCAGGGCAAGCAGUGGGGAGGGGCGGCGGGGGGGGGGUGUCCGCGUCCCUUCGCUGCUGGGGUGUGUGAAUUUGGGCAGAGGGUCUGUCUGUGGGAGCCAGCUCCCUGGCCCUAGAGCUGUGAGCAUACAGCACGCCUGGCCCUAACCCCCCAUCCUCUGCCCCCAGAAACAGGGCUGAAGAGAAAAAAUCACGCUCACACCCCUCUUUGGGGAAAUUUGCUCCUGGCUCAAGACUUUGUGCUCUGAUCCUCCUUUUAGUAGAAGGAGCGAUGCAACCUGGAGAGGAGGUAGAGCCCGAAGAAACGCCCUUGUCUUCGUCCUCUCUCCAGCUCAUCUGUGCUGCCGGCAAUUAGUUUUCUCCUGUCCUGCCUUCUGCCUGUCCUGGUAUAACAUCUCCCAUCUGGAAGUCCCAUCGCUGCUGCAGUCUGUGUCGGAGACGAAUUGCCUUGCUUUUCCCGCAGCCCAAGGCUUGCCACCUCCAUCGCCCCCCGCCACCUGAGCCGCCAGGGAAGGCAGCGGAGGAGGGAACGGGGGGUGUGCCUUGCCUUCGGUGGGAUCUCCAGAGGGGUCUGUGCAGGGCAGACAGCCAAAGCCGUCUCAAGUUCAACAGGCACCGGGUCGGCGAGUCCGUCGGAGCCCUUUGGAAGGGACGUGCUGGUUCAAGGCCAGCCUGCCUGCCUGGCCCCGCAGAGGCAGCGCCCUCCCUGCCGCGAAGGUCCGUGAGGUUAACGCGUCCCGCAGGGCUCCGGGCUGCCUCUCCGCUCCCUCUGCCCGAGCUAGGACCGCUCGCAAGCCGCACCGCUGGGAAUUCUGAUCCGUUAUUUUCUGUUGAGUCGGUCUCAGCCAUCUUAACUUCUCCUUCAUCCUCCUUACCUGCAGGGGCUUUGCGUUCCCCUCCAGCUUAAUUUUCUCCCACAGCAAAGGGGGAAAUAAACUUCCAGAUCCGCUUUAUCAUUCCACAAACGCGGCUCUUCCACCAGUUGUCUAGACUCUGCUCAUCUGGGUGUGACAUUUCUGACGCGUGGGUGUAGCUACGCUAUCUCCAGCACGCAUAAACGGCAGAGCGCGAGGCGGGGUCUGCCGCAGACCCGUGCCGUGAGCUGCUUGGGGGUGUCGUGCACGGAGGAGUUGUGCCUCUCGGGUCCCUGUUGUCACCUCCGGGUCCCUGUUGCCCAUCCAGGCUCCCUCACCGCCCCACACGACUCUUGCAGCAAGGGGAUACUGGACCUGAUGGACACCCAGCCUGAUCCAAUGUCUCAACCCCUCUCCUGGAAGAUGUCCACCACUGCCUGUUUUGCAGCAGCUCAGCUCCUUUUCGCUCCCCAGGGAUUAAACAUGAAGAGGCUUUUCUCCGAACAGGAGAUUUGAUUUUCAAGACACAAUGAAGUGAGGGGUUUUUUUUUCUCAAAGAUUUAAAUUCGUGGGGUUUUGGAAUGUCCACAGAAAGUUAUAUAUGAACUUGGAAACUCGUGGGAAAUGGUUCUCUGUUUUCCCAACCUGCUGUGUCCGCUAGCAGGGAAAAAUAAGUUGUUCAUUCAGUGCAAGGUAUCUACUGCCUGUGUUGUUGAUGAUUUCAAAGGUUUCAUCUCCUCAGAAGGACUGCCUGGGAGUUUGUUAUUCUUCUGUUUAUGAGAGACAGCGGGAAAAUAAUGAGACUUCUGCCAUCAGGAGUAGGCUCGCAAAGAUGACACCUCCACGGUCGUUGCUGGGGAGGCCUGAGCUCGUUGCACUAGAGGAACCGAGCCGGCCACGUUCAUGCUGGGGUUUGAGAAACGGGGUUUGAGUUUGGGCUGUCCACGCUCCCUGUCCCCCGUCCUGUGCCUACGCGUCCCCAGGGGCGAGCAGGGGACUCUGCUCACACCCAGAGCAGCGUGAGCCGAUGUGUCCGUGCACGGCCAGCAAACCUGUAGUCGUGUCCUGAGCGAAAACGCUUGCGCUUGUGCAGAAGAAGAGACGGGGAGAGACAGGAGCUGUGUGAACCUGUGUCCGGUCUAACUGUGAUUGCUCUGUCAGUUCCUUCACCGUCAGCGGGUGAUGCCUCUCGCCCCGUCCCGGGCUGUAACCCGGGUUCCCUCCACCACCUGCCCUCUGGAGACCCUUCCGUUCUCCUUCCUUCUCGGCCAAAAGUGCAGCGAGCUGCUCGGCAAGGGGGGGGGCCUGGGGGUGGCAACGGCCUUACAGUGCCUUGUGCUGGGAAGAGACUGGUGCACCGGGGUUGUCCUCCCGUUCCCCAGAGACGCUCAUAGCGCACGGAGACGGGGGGCUGACUUCGUUUUACAAGGGAAAUUCUUGGUGGGCAAAUUCCCCCUGGGAUAACUGCGAGCAAACGGCCGGCCCCACUCAGCCGUGCUCCGCAACCAAUCUCCCAGCGCUGGGGUUUUAUAGCGGUACGGCGGCGGUGCGGGGUUAGACUGCGGGUGCAAACUGGACACCACCUUCUGCAAAAGCACCCCAGGUCUGUGAACACCUACCGCGUCCUGGAGACCACGUUUUUAUGAAGCUGCUUUGGGGAGAGGGCGUGUUUGUGCUGAAACCUCCUGGACUUGCACCAAGCCCAAGCUGCUGCCUCCCGAUUUACAACCACCGAAGCCGUUGCAGUCCUCUGAUUUACACCUGCGAGGAAGCUGCAGAGAGUUCCCAGCGGUUUUUUUUUGGAAGGAGAAUUUCAUGCUCAAAACUAAAUUUCAUUCCUGCUUUCACUGGGGACCUGUUCUCAGCUCCAGAAUCGCGCUGAUAACUUUGCAAUUGCUUUGAUAGUUCCGGAGGGGAGCGCAGUCCCUUUACGGAACAGAUGGAGACACAUUUUCAGGACCAUUCAACUUUGCCGUAACUCUGUCUUUUGUUACAAUUUCUUCUGCUGUAACAGGAGGAGCAAAAUUUGGCCAGCACUUAACCCUCUUGAAAACCAUAUUCCCAAACUCGGACAAAAUUAGUUUAGAAUCCGAGUCCUCCCAGGUACAAACUGCCUUCCACGCCCACCGGCUUCAGUGGCGUUGGGGAUUUCAGCAGCUUUUGGGCUUUCGCAGCAGCAGCGGUUUCACGAUGGCGGUAUUUUUGCGUGUGUCAAUCUGCACUUGCACUUGCCUGCAAUGCAUGACUCUAGUAAUCCGUUUGAAAUCUGCCCUCGGCGGGGAGAUCUGAGCUCUAGCUUCUUCCAUGUGGCCGUCUGUAUUUCAUAGGAAAUCAGGGGAGCUGGAGAAAGCUCAUGAGAUUGCUGCUUUAAAGCACUUGGUUCCCAAAGUAAAACAGACCUUACCAGAGGUCCAAAUUGGCUUGAUUUUAGCACGGGUACAAGGGCAACUCAUGAAAUAUUUAAGCAUUGUACUGCAGAUACACCUUUUUUCCCUGCUGCACCGGGAAUGAAGUAGACUAGAAACUCCUCCACCCCUGCAGAUGUUUGGCUGUGAUGGAGGAAAAAAAAAAAACAAACCAAAACCAACCCCAGAUUGUGAGUUGAUAGCUGAGCAGCCGCAGCUUGUUUAGCAGUGGGAGCAUCUCGCUGCGAGGGCUGCUGCUUUCCUGCCUUACUCAUUCCUGUACCUACCUGGCCGGAUUUCAGGGAGGGAAGAGGGAGGAAACACUUCAAAAGCAAGAAAAUCCAACCCGCGAGCCUUGCCCUGAGAAUCCCACGUUUCACAGGAGCCCACAGGUCCAGGCUUUGCAGCUACUCCUCGUCACCACGGCGGGGAAGCGGGCGAGACACCAGGGGCUUCUCUUGUGUCCGCGGACCAAAGCUGGAGGAGAUGUUCUGGGGCAGGAGCGUGGAGCUGGGCUGUGGGUAGAGUCCUGCAUCACCAGACUGCGGUGUUCCCGUUCAGAAAUCUGCUAGCGAAUAACACUGGGCAAAGUAUUUUUUUUUUUCCUUCCAGAGGGCAUUCUUAAUACUUUAAAAAUGUAAAGACUAAAUAUUGAAAAAGUUGAUCUGAAAGAGCAACUGAUUUGGGGCUUCUUUUUGUUGCUUUGUUUUCA